AUGGACGGCCAGUGCCUGGGCGCCCAGCUACGUGGGGCUCGUCAAGCCCAGCCCAGCGCCAAGCUUGCGACGCAGCAACAUACUGACGUCGCCAUCAGGCCCCAGGCUGCGCUGCGCAAGCUCAGCAAGGCCACCGACACAUGCCAUGAGUUCCCCAAGUUCCUGCAGCUCCUCAGCCCCAUGGUGCUGCCCCAGGCGCUGCUGCCGCCCCCGCCUCAGCAGACAGAGUUCGAGGGCCGCUCGUCCGAGGACGGUGACAUUCUCCAGCGGGCUGUUGCGGAGAAGCGGGUUUUCGAGGAGCAGUUCCAGGCAUUGGGCUUCAAGGGGCCCCGCGUCGAGUGCCGCACUUCUCGGGGACCCCAGUCUCAGUGCUUGGACACAUCGUUCCGCGGCGUGAGAAAUCCGAGCCCACGGCAGACGCUGCGGCACCUCCACGUGGAUUUGACGUUUUCAAUUGAAAUUGCCAAGCCGCUCUUCUCCAGCGUCAUGGCGUGCCUAAUGCUCUUGUUGUAUGCGCGCAUGGGAUUGGACCAGGUGCCGCGGGUGACCACGGCCUCUCACGUGCAGCUCGCCUGCCUGGCUACCGCGAGCCGCGCAGCCCGUCUACGCAGUGCGCCAGUGGUCCGCAUUCUGCAGGUGCCGCAGCCUCUGGUCGGCAGCACCUCGCCUACUUGCCUGGCAGCGCAGACGGCCCACGCAGCGAAGUUUGACGCGGUGGCGAGGGCUGUACUGGUUCCGUUGCUCGUAUUGCCCAUGCGCUUGGCGAUGGUGGCGCUGCGUCUUCCCCCGCCCAUGCGCAGAGCGCUCCUUGGCGGGGCGUCUUUCGAUCUUCCAGACUUCUACCACUUCGACGGCCCGGGAGGAACGGGCGCGCGAUGGUCGCCGAGCUUCCGACCAACGUACAAAGGGGGCGGACGUUGGUCGCCCGAUGCCCCGGUCAGCGCGGCAAAGAAUCGCGUGCCGUCUCAGUGUUGCGCUGAGUGGUGCGAAACGGCGCAUCACAGAUGGGCCAAGUCAGUGCGUGGCCGCCUCCGGAAGGCAUGGCGUCCCGCGGCGGUCGAGGAGGCGCCCGGCACUGUCUCCAGCAGAUUCGAUUCUACCCUCGCAUGCGAGACCGAGAUGCUUCAGGACCAGCAAAGGACUACGACGGCACCGCCGAUAGUUCAAGCGCAGGCGGCUUUCCUUGGCGCCAUCGGGAAGGCGGCGGAGGCGGUGUCGUCCGAGAUCGCCGGGGGGGAGGAGGCCUCCAACCUGGAGGCCCUCGUCACGCACGCGGCCUGCCUGGCCAAGCGGCACCCGGACUCGCAGACCACGUACCGCAUCCUGCUGCUGCUCUCCACCCACGGCGGCGUCAUCGGGCCCGCGCUCACGGCCUCGCUGCGGUCUGGCAGCGACCACGAGCGGCGCGCCAUCGUCAGGGUGCUGGGCCUGCUCGGCGAGCACGUUUCUUCCGGCGGCGUGCAGGGCGAGCUGCACGACAGCCCCGUGCGGACCAAGGUGGCGAACGACGCCGUGCCCGCCCUGACGGCGUGCCUCGACGACGACGACGCCCGGGUGCGUGCGGCCGCUGCGGACGCUCUGAGGCUCUUCGGCCAGCGCGCCGCCUGCGCGGUGCCGGCCCUUGUGGAGGCCCUCCGCGACCCCGUCCCCAUCGUGCGCGUCGCGUCGGCGCGCGGGCUUGGGCUGCUGGGCCGCGCGGAGCCGGAGCGGGAGGCGCUCAUCGUGGCCCUUGCCGACGAGUGCAGCGACCUCCGCAGGGCCGCCGCCGAGUCCCUCGGCAGGCUGUGCUCCAGGGCCCGCUGCUGGGAGAACGUGCCGGAGGCCGUGCCCAGCCUGGCGCGCUGCCUCGAGGACGCCGACGGCCAGGUGCGCGUGGCGGCCGCCGGCGCGCUGCAGAAGGCGGGCGUGCACGGCGUGGGCGCGAUGCUGCAGCUCAUGCGGUGCCUGGAGGACGAGCACGAGGGGGUGCGCGAGCAGGCCGCCAGGGCGCUCGGGGAGAUGGGACCCGCGGCCGCGGAGGCCGAGCAGCUGCUGGUGGGGCGGCUGGAGGACGGCCACGGCGCCGUACGCAGCGCCGCCGCCACGGCGCUGGGACAGCUGGGCGAGCGCGCCACGCCAGUCCUGGCCCUCAAGCGCUGCCUGGGGGACGGCAGCAACGACGUGCGCAAGGCUGCCGCGGCCUCCCUCGGCAACCUCGGCGCGCACGCGGCCGCGGCGGUGCCGGCGCUGGGGCGGCGCUUGGUGGACAACGACGAGGAGGUCCGCGUGACAGUGGCCCUGGCCUUAGGCCAGCUCGGCCAGCAUGCCUCGCGGGCACUGCCGGCGCUGACGGAGCGCAUCAAGGACCCCGACAUCAACGUGCGCCGCGCCGCCACGAUGGCCUUGGUUCGCAUGGGCCCCCACGCCAGCAAGGCCUCGCCCGCGCUGAGGGAGCUGCUCGCGGACCCCAGCGUGCAAGUGCGCGAGGCCGCCGCGCUGGUGCUCCGGCAGGCUUCCGGCACCGCCUCCAGGCACGCGUCGGAGCCGAGGAGCCCGUGUGGCGCCGACGACGCCGCCCGUGCCUCCAGCGACACGAGCAGCGACAGCGGCAGCGGCGGCGGCUCCAGCGCUGGCGAGCGCUCGGCGGGCGUCUCGCCAGAGGAGGAUGCCAGAGGCUCAGCGGCGGUGUGA